CUUUGGACCAACAAGAUUACGCGCAAAAUUUUAGUAGCCACUAAAAGAAGUCUUAACAUGUUUAUUGCUAGAAAAUAUAGCAUACAAACUAAGCUCUUACUGUAAUUCUAAAGUUGAUUACCAAGUUUAAGCUAAAUGUUUCAUUGUAUUCGUUGAUCUUUUUCCCGCUCUUGCGAAAACUGGUAGACACACCUUGCUCUCUACUUCUGCAAAAGAAAUUAAUCAUUGUCAUAGAUUGUAAAUAGAACAAUAUAAUGUCUAAAGAAAUUCCUAGCGAUAAUAUGGUGAUAUUGGAAGUUAAUGUGAAAUUUGACACGGAUGAACCUAUACAAAUGGCUAAAGCCGAAUUUGAAUUAGUUUUAAGGAAUUCAAUAAGAACUUUAUACGGUGUGACCGGUGAAGCUAUGCGUUAUGAAGUUAUAAAAUUUGAUAGCUCUUUUCAAAAGAAUAUUUCUUUGAAAAUAAAAAAAAAAGAUGAAGAACGUUUUAGAGCUUCAAUGACUUUGUGCAAGACUGCUGCAGAAAUUCCGAUCGCUCUUAAUGUCGUAAAUAGUGGAAUUGAAAGAUCAGAGACAUGAUGAAAGGGAUUCGCUAAUUUUGAAAAGCUGUUCAUCCUUUGUAAAAAUAUACAUUUACUGAAUGCUUUCUUGUAUUUUUUUAUUGUUAUACGAUGUUAAUAAAUUGUUAGUAGAAAGAGAAACAAUUGUUCAAUUUAGGCUUUUAUGUUUGUGAAAUCACAGUAUCAUCCAGUGACAGAUUUUCUUUAUUUAAGAAUAUGCGGUGAAGAGGAGUUUAACAUUGAAGUUUGUCUCUUUUUUGGUUUUGUAGAAGGCUACCCUUAUUAGAGAUGUGAGAAUUUUGAUUUAUAUUUAAAUAACUCUAGUUUGGAAUUGAACAGUAGGAGUAAUCUAGUUAUAUUUUAAAUAAUGCAGAAGAACAACGUGUUAAGUGAUUGAAGAUUUAUUUACAUAAGGG